UUUACGUCAUCAGAUUGCGACAUGAUGACAGGUGACUGAAAUUGUCAGAAAUACGUCUAGAAAAAAGAAUUUCGCAUGGGUUUAUUCUGUGGUUUAACUGACCUCUAUUUCUGAUACAUGUGUUUUUAACGUUUGACUGCACUUUUGCCAUCCAGCGAAGAAAUAAGAAACCAACUUUCGGCCUCGUAGCUAGUUCCAGUUGCUGCCCAGUGCUGUCACUGACUAAUCUUUGACUAAACUUCGAGAAUAUAGCUAGCUAGCUACCGAUAGUUAGAAUUCAGAUGCAACAGUCCUCGAAAUGAACAAAGAAGGACUGCUCUCCCUCACUCUUGUCAGAGUUGGUGGAGUACUUCAGGACCCAGAUGAGGACAGACCCUGACAUGGCCUCUGCUGUAGCAGCCAUCCGCACCCUGCUAGAGUUCCUCAGACGAGACAAAGGUGAGACGAUCCUGGGUCUGAGGGAGAGCCUGAAGUGGGCCACAGACUGUCUGACUGGGGUGGACUCCUCUGUCGCCGUGUCCUCUGGAGGGGAGCUGUUCCUUCGCUUCAUCAGCCUCACAUCACUGGAGCAUCAGGACCUGUCGCGCUGUAAGAAGGUGAUGGAGGAGAGAGGAGAACUGUUCCUGGAGAAGAUCUCUCUCUCCAGAACCAAGGUGGCCAAACUCUGCCACACCUUCAUCAAAGACGGGGCGAAAAUCCUGACCCAUUCCUCCUCCAGAGUAGUAUUGAGGGUGCUGGAGAAAGCUGCAGCCGAGAAGAAACGCUUCACAGUCUUCGUCACAGAGUCCCAGCCAGACACAGCCGGGAAACAGAUGGCUGAUGCGCUGAGGAGACUCAAUGUUCCUGUGACAGUGGUCCUGGAUGCUGCUGUGGGUUAUGUCCUGGAGAAGGUGGACCUGGUUAUUGUAGGAGCAGAAGGAGUCGUUGAGAGUGGAGGCAUCAUCAACAAGAUUGGAACCUAUCAGAUGGCAGUGUGUUCCAAAGCCCACAACAAGCCCUUCUACGUGGUAGCGGAGAGCUUCAAGUUUGUCCGUCUCUACCCUCUUAACCAGCAGGACGUCCCAGACAGAUUUAAGUACAAAGCUGACACCCUGAGGACUGUGUCUGACCUGUCAGAGGAACACCCCAUGAUCGACUACACCCCUCCCUCCCUCAUCACGCUCCUCUUCACAGACCUGGGGGUCCUCACCCCCUCUGCCGUCAGCGAUGAACUUAUCAAACUUUAUUUAUAACAGUGCCUUAAAACAAAACGCCUCAAUUAAAAAAACUCAAAAGGGA